CCGGAUUUUGUUUUUUCACUGUUUCGUCAUUCUGCCAAGUCAUGGGCUUCCUGCACUACCUGAAGCCGUUCAUCUCGCUCAUUCCCGAGAUCGAGGCGCCCGUCAAGAAGGUCCCGUUCAAGGAACGCGCCAUCUACACGGUCAUCACCCUCGUCAUCUUCCUCGUCUGCUGCCAAGUCCCGCUGUACGGCAUCAUGUCGUCUGACUCUGCUGAUCCCUUCUUCUGGAUGCGCGCCAUUCUCGCGUCCAACCGCGGCACCCUGAUGGAACUCGGCAUCUCGCCCAUCGUCACCUCUGGCAUGAUCAUGCAGCUCCUCGCUGGCGCCAAGCUCCUCGAGGUCGACCAGUCCAACGCCGACGAGCGCGCGCUCUUCUCUGGCGCCCAGCGUCUUUUCGGUCUCAUCAUCACCGUCGGCCAGGCCAUCAUCUACGUUGCCACCGGCCUCUACGGCCCCGUCGGCGAGCUCGGCUUCUUUGUCUGCUUCAUGCUCGUCCUCCAGCUCCUCAUUGCCGGCCUGAUUGUCAUGCUCCUCGACGAGCUCCUCCAGAAGGGCUACGGUCUUGGCUCUGGCAUCUCCCUCUUCAUUGCCACCAACGUGUGCGAGUCCAUCAUCUGGCGCUCGUUCAGCCCCACCACCGUCAACACUGGCCGUGGCACCGAGUUUGAGGGCGCUGUCAUUGGCUUCUUCCACCUCCUCGCCACCCGCAGCGACAAGUUCAAGGCGCUCCGCGAGGCCUUCUUCCGCCAAAACCUGCCCAACCUCACCAACCUUUUUGCCACCGUCGCCGUCUUCCUCAUCGUCAUCUACUUCCAGGGCUUCCGCGUGGACGUGCCCGUCGUUUCCCGCAACGCCCCCGGUGUUGUUCAGACGUACUCGAUCAAGCUCUUCUACACUUCCAACAUGCCCAUCAUCCUCCAGUCUGCCCUCGUCCAAAACCUCUUCAUCAUUUCGCAGCUCCUCUGGUUCAAGCUGUCCCACACUGGCCUCGGCUGGAUUAUUGGUCUGCUCGGCUCGUGGGAGAAUGUUGCCUACCAGGGCUCCAACCGCUCGUACCCCGUCGGUGGCCUCUGCUACUACCUCAGCCCCCCGAACGGCCUCACUGGUGUUGUUGCCGACCCCCUCCACGGCAUGAUUUACAUUGCCUUCAUCCUCGGCACCUGCGCCCUCUUCUCGCUUCUCUGGAUUGACCUCUCUGGCGCCAGCAGCCAGGACGUUGCCCGCCAGCUCCGCGAGCAGCAAAUGUUCGUCAAGGGCCACAAGGACACCCAGGAGAGCACUGCUCGCCAGCUCAACCGCUACAUUCCCACCGCCGCUGCAUUCGGUGGCCUGUGCAUUGGCGCGCUCUCCAUCACUGCUGAUUUCUUUGGCGCUAUCGGCUCGGGCACUGGUAUUCUCAUGGCCGUCACCACCAUCUACCAGUACUAUGAGAUCAUGGCCAAGGAGCAGAUCUCCAUGGGCAACCUUUUCUAAACACGUAGGCGCGCUCUUUCCGUUCAGAAAGCUCGCUUUCCUCCCUUCCCGGUUGUGUGUGUGUGUGUCGUUUUGAUUAGUAGGCUCUCCUUGUCCCUUCAUCAUCUUUUGUUGUGAUGCGGUGAGCCUUUUAUUCUUUGCCCCGCUUUCACUUUUUUGUAAUAUCCGCAACUGAAUCCAACAAAUAACAAGCAUUUAUUUUG